UAAAUCAUUAUUAUAAAAUAUAAAGUUUUUACUAUUUCGGUAAAAAUUAUUGAAUUAUUUGAUAUAAAUAAAAAUGCCGGUCAUUUCUUCUUGCGUCAUUUGUAAUUAUCGAUUUACCUACGUCGAUUGUCCAGUGAAAUGUGACGGUUGUUCAUUGUACGUGCACAGAAAAUGUUCCAAGUUGUCCGCUGAAGAGCUAAAGUGCUUAAGCUCGAAAAACGCGAUUUUAAAAUUUUUUUGUGAACUAUGUGUACACGAUUCAAGCAAACAAGCUGAAAUUGGACAAAACAAUAUACAGUCGUUGGCUGAACCUUUGCAUGAAAAUAGUGGUCUGCAUAAAAUAAAUGUAUCAUCAAAAAAUCCAAUCGAGAUUUUUAGUAAAUGGUAUAGCGAACACAUGGUAGCUAAUGCAUCUGUGACUUCUGCUAAAGCAUUUAGCUUGGCCACCGUUUCGAACACCGGAAAGGUAUCUUGCCGUAGUUUAAUAUUACGACGCUUGGAUGAAGAUGGGUUUGUGAUGAUGACUGAUGGAAGAAGUAGAAAAUCAAAAGAUUUGGCGGAAAAUCCUCAGGCUUCCAUGGUGUUCUUGUGGUUGGACCAAACGUCAGACGACUUGCCCCAGACCAGGCAGGUGCGUAUCGAAGGCACCGUCAACAAGCUGACCACGGACAACAUGAAAGAGUUGUACGACAUUGAACCGCUGUUUUGUAAGAUUCGUGCGCAGAUCUGUGAACAGGGAAAGGUGGUAGAGUGGGAGAAACUAAAGCGUGACCACGAUCAGUUAUUCGACAAAGUGACCAAGUACAAUGUCCAGCUCCCUAAGCCCGACCACGUCGUUGCUUACAAACUCGUGCCCGACGUGAUUGAAUUUUAUGAAGCGGUCGGUCAAAAAAUCGGUGACAGAUUAUUGUUCACCAAAGAUGGAAUUUCAUGGCAACCAAAACAUAUAGCUGCAUAAUAAUAACAAUAUUUUAUUACAGGAAAUUAUCAAAAAAAAAAAAAAAA